AUGCUUGUGGAGCCGUCGCAGAUGAAACCAGUUCCGUUGCCGUUUGCCCAUUGUCAAUUCCAGAUGUGUCCAGUGGGAUGCGAAGUGCAGGAAGCGGCUGACGUAUCGUGGUCGAAAGUGCGAGUUGCCGGUGAGACGCUCAAUCGUACGCAACGAUUGAGAACGUCGGAUAAUUUCAAUCAUUAUUGGUUGUGCACGGCUGUACGUCGUGAGCAGUAUCCUGAUCACGAAUCACUGCCAGGUCAUUCCAUCUUCGUAGUGGCACCCCUAACAAUGCAGAAUUUGUUGCCAAUUGAUGUUGAAAUACAUAUUCUCGAUAGCGUCUUUCCUAUUGCGGCGGGUAAACAAUUGCUAAUCACCACGGUGGACAUAACCAAACCACUGUCGAUUCGUGUUGUAACCGAUCGCAUGAGGACUGUACAAGAAUGCUGUAUUUCCAAGUCAAGUAUAGGAGAGGGGCAGCUGGUUUCGUUACGGUUACAUGACGCCAAUGGACGUCCGCUGGAUAUGUACGGUAACGUGCACAUCGGAACUGGUGGUUCGAUUCCUUUCUUCUAUGGUGCCUGUAUUGAUAGUGAUAAGUGUGUCGUUCGUGUGGGCCGCGGGCUAGCAAAGGAGCCAUACUAUGUGCCACGUUAUAGCCAAAAGUUCGCUCUGACUCCUGGUGUACAGGCGCUGAAGUUGAGCGUCGUGCACGAGAGCCUGCCCACUCUCUACUACAAUAUUGGUGUGGAAGUAAGAGCUGGUACGGGACGGUACAAAGACACCCAGGUGGUUCUGCUCACACCAAGAUAUGUGAUCAGUAAUCAGUCAUCGUAUGCGAUUUCUGUUUGUCAUCAUGAUCUUAUCGAUCGGGCUUCGGAGCAUGUGCACAUUGCGUCGCAGUGCAGUCUGGUGUGGAAUGAGAACUAUGAAGAUUGCCGGCAAAUGUGUGUUCGUCGAAGUGACGUGCGUUAUUGGAGUUGUCCAUUUCGGAUAGACCGCAUUGGCUCGUUCCAUAUCACAAUGAGACGUGACAGCAGAUUGAGGAAGGUCCCUGUUCUCUACCAGCAACAGUCGGAGGGCCCAAUAGGACAGCAUUUGAGAACGAUCUGUAAGGCUCGAAGCCAUAUCGAUUACGCUUGGGAUGAUCUUUAUGGAAGUCGACGGAUUGUUACUGUCGCACGUAACGCAGAGGAAUUUUGA